AGAAUAACAACUUAAACCCGCCCGCAGGAAUAAAAGAGUCUCAUGUGGCAAGGAAGCUAAAACUCGUACGUUUUAGCCGAAGGCGUGGAAAUCAAUUCCAGGCCGAUCAGUUGUCAUUGUUCCAAGCGGUUGACCAGUCAUUUGCGUAUUAGGUUUGGCGAAAAGGUCGUCUGAGACGAAAUGGCGGAUGUCUUGCUAAAUACUCGUGAGGAACUCAUCGAGAAAUUCGGUUGGGAGGAAUAUGUGGUGUUUGUGCUAAUGUUGCUCAUUUCCGCGCUUAUUGGCGUAUUCUUCUGGAUCAAGGGGCAAAAUUCGAAUUCCGACUUCAUUAUGGGUGGCAAGAGCAUGGGUGUUUUGCCCAUGACCAUGUCAUUGGUGGCCAGCUUCAUGUCUGCCAUUACUCUCUUGGGAACUCCGGCCGAGAUGUACGUGUUUGGAACUCAUUACGUCGUUUUGGUAUUGAGCUAUCCACUAGUAAUGGCAGCCGCAGCUCAUUUUUACCUCCCAGUUUUCUAUAAAUUGGAUGUCAGUACCAGUUACGAGUACCUGGAAUGGCGAUUUCAUAAAUCCGUGCGAAUCCUCGCCUCUUGUUGCUUUAUUCUGCAAAUGGUCUUAUACAUGGCCAUCGUCGUCUACACUCCGGCCUUGGCCUUGUCACAGAUUACGGGAUUUCAAGUGGAUUUGGCAUGCGCCAUCAUCUUUUUGGUCUGCAUCUUUUACACGGUCAUUGGUGGAAUCAAAGCCGUGAUGUGGACUGACACUUUCCAAGCCGCCAUGAUGUUUGGCUCCUUUUUGGCCGUUAUCAUUAAGGGCAACUACGACGCCGGUGGCACUUUCAAGGUUUUUGAUAGCAAUUAUCAAACCAGCCGCAUCGAGCUAUUUGAUUUUAGUAUGGACAUGACCCAGAGGCACACGGUCUGGGCCAUGAUUAUUGGUGGCUAUUUCACAUGGAUCUCCAUUUAUGGGAUCAAUCAAACCCAAGUACAACGAUACUUGAGUGUCCCCCGAAAGGAAAUGGCGGUGAAAGCCAUUUGGUUAAACGGACUCGGAAUUGGGUCACUCCUCAUGAUGUGUGCAUACGCGGGUUUGGUGGUAUUUGCUUAUUACGACGAAGCUCAAUGUGAUCCAAUCAAGGCCAAACAAGUGGAAACCAAAGACCAGAUUUUCCCCCUCUUCGUGAUGCAAGUCAUGGGGGACAUACCGUGCAUUCCUGGCCUUUUUGUGGCAGGGGUCUUCAGUGGAGCCUUAAGUACCGUGAGCAGUGGAUUGAACUCCUUGGCCGCAGUCGUUCUGAAGGACUUUGUUAUGAAUGGAUGUGUGAAUAAUCUCUCGAACAAGUCGGAGAUGAUUCUCACUCGAGGUUUGGCCGUGGGUUUUGGCGUUACCAGUUAUUUGGUUGUGUUUCUCGUCAAAUAUCUACCCGGAGUCCUCGAGGCCGCAUUGGGAAUUUUUGGCAUCGUCGGAGGACCGGUACUCGGAGCCUUUACUUUGGGCAUGUUUGUACCUUGGUGCAAUAGCAUUGGCGCUUUCGUCGGGAUGCUCACUAGCCUGGUCUUCACGAUGUGGAUUGGCUUUGGGCAGACCGCAGCCAAGAACUUUGGUACGUAUUCCGUUGCCGGAAAAGCGACCACUAUUGAUGGUUGUCCUUCGGAUUGGUUCAAUGAAACGAGCACUUCUGCAGAAUCACAGACCAAUGCUCCGGAAAUCAGUGACAAUGGGUUUACGCACCUGAUUGUUUAUGAAAUCUCAUACAUGUGGUUUUCUGCCAUUGCUUGCAUGUUCUGUGUUGUAGUUGGCAUUAUUGUCAGCUUUUUAUCUCAACCACAAGACCCUCGACUCCUAAACCCGGAUCUAAUCAGCCCAUGGUUUAAGAGGAUUUUUGGAUUUUGGCCAGCUUUCAUCACGGACAGGGUCAACGCCAUUGACAUUGGAACGGAAUAUAUUCCAUCAAAAAAGGAAAGUAUCUUAAAGUCUCGUCAAAUUCAACAUUCCCCCACCGAGGCCCAAUUAACGGGUAGUGCUAAUGAAGCAUACGAAAUGGAGGAUGAAGAGUUCAAAAAGGCAUAACUACAUAAACCAAUCAAACAAUCGGCUGCAUGCCUGUUAGUAUGAAAAACAAAAACGAAUUGUAUAUUUGUACCCAAGAUCAGAAUUAAACUGUGGUAUAUCGUCCAACACUGGA